UAAUUUCAAAUAAAUAUAAAAGCGCGACGUUUUAGUCGCAAUUCGAACGUGUAUGGCUAAAGGGCGAUUGUUGCUUCAAUAUCGACGACUCGGGCACUCCUUAACUGCGCAACGUGCGCCACAACCACAAAAGGAUAACACAGCAAGUAGAACGCAAUUAGACGCACUAUCGAUUGGACUUUGUUGUUGUUGCUAGCCAUGGCCAGUCGCGAAAACUUUAUGAAAGCCAUUAUCAUUAUAUUAAACGUGCUGUUGGCGUUAAUUGGUGUGACGCUCAUAGCGCUAUCCAUAUUCGAGCUAAACAGCUCCACGCCAGGCAGCUUGGCCCACAUUGCGGUGGUGGUGCAAAUAUUUGUGGGCUCAUUUGUGGUGCUCAGCUCGUUCUUGGGCUGCUUCGCUGCCGGACGCAGCUCGCUGGGACUCAUUUGGAGCUAUGUGAGCUGCCUGCUGAUUUUGUUAGCGCUGCAAAUUUAUAUUCUGGUUGCCGCACAUGCCACCGACUAUGUGGAGCGUGCGCGUGCGGAUUUCUUGCAGCUCUGGUCGGAUCAGCGGCGCAACAGCGAGCGCAUUGCCUUUCUGGAGCAGAAGUACCACUGCUGUGGGCGUAAUGGUGGCCAUGAUUACAUUCUGCUGAGUGGCGCCUUUCCCUUGAGCUGCUAUCACAACCGCGAGCGGCAGUAUGCGCAGCUCUUUGGCGUUGGCUGCCUGGACGCUGUAGAGGCGCAUGCCAGCGACAAUGUCACCAAUGGACUGAUCAUCAAGUGGCUGCUGUUUGUUGUGGAGCUCGCUGCGCUGGGCGCUGCCACCCACUUGGGCAUCACAGUGCGCAACAAAUUGCGGCGCGAACGCUUCAAUUAGUCACCUGAGUGCAACUGCGUUCAACGUUGAGUAG